CAGCCGCUUGAUUUGAUUGAAGCGCUCAUUAUCCGUUCAAAUUGAUUGAUCCCGUUCAAAAUACACCUGUUCAUUCUUCAAGUCGUGCCCAGCUGCUCUUUCUCACGCGUGGCAAGCCGAGCUUGGAGGAUGUCAUUAACGACAUCAAUUGAAGAUUGCGACGAGGAGGCCGCACCGACUGAGCCGCCUUGACGUUGCUCCUCCUCCGCCGCGACCUUGAUGUCUUCGAGGACACUGUCGAAGCUUCUUCCUUCAAGCAAGGAAAGUUCGGCUUACCUCACAAGCUAUCUCGCUUUUCUCAACCCUCUCUUCCUCCGAGACGCGGCCCCGAUCGCACGGCUCAUGGCCAUAACGGCACCGCAGCGAGCCGACAGCGAGGAGGCGAUCUGCCUCUUCCUAAUGGAAGAGGCGACGCGCGUAAUCCCACGCGACUUCUCUGCCUGGGCAAGACAGGAGAUUGAACGUGCCAUCCGCGGGCACGAUAUGCGGGUGACCUGCUCGAACCAGCGUACCUACCGGUACGGGUUCGAUCUAAGACUCCGGGAGAGGCAAAUUCCAAAUUUCCUCUCCAUCCAUACGCUUCGGUGCAUAUACUUCAGGCCCAUGCCGGUUAUUCGCCGCCGGCUUCAGCGCGAAGCCCCCCAGCUCGUGUGGAUGCUGGAGCCGGCGGUCAUCUGGGACCAGACCGGCCGCCGAAUUAAAAAUCCCGGGAACCCCGACGACCCGUGGAUUCCGUUGACACCCCGGACAUGCCGCCGAACGUCCGCCGCCACGACCUCCCAAAAUACAAACGGGAGCGACCCAACUAUACGGUGCACCCCGACGGCACCAUCACGCUCCAGCAGCCCUCAAUCCUCCCUGGAGCCUUCCCCGCCACGCGGGACCAAAUGCGUACCUGCGAUGACCGCAUCGAGCGGCUCGCGAACGGCUUGGUAACAUACACCAGGCCCAUGCGUCCAGAGCGGCUGGUUCGCGGGAUUCUUGAAGCCAACCCGGCACCGCAAAUCAACCGCGGACCGGAGAACGUUCAGCUUCGGUUCCGCCGACCA